UGAAUUUUAAUGCCAAAAUUGCCGACUAUUUGUUGCAUGUCUAAUUUGACCUUGUCCAUUAACCCAUCCCAAAUUAAGCUUUGGAAUCACCAUCUUCAUCUUCACCCUGAUUUUCAUUCCUCCACAAGAUCAACAACACCCCUUUGAUUUUCUUGCAUCCCUAACUGCCUUUUUUAUUUCUUAAUUUAAUUUCAAAUUUCUCACCCUUUGAUGGUUACAUCUUCUUCGAGAUCUCUGUAUACUCUGUUCUCCAAUCUAUCCUCACAACCCCAGAACAAAAAGGUGAUCCCAGUCACUAAAUCAUCAUAUCACUCGCUUUCGCUCCCUAGGAAGAACCUCAUAUAAAGCUAUGAAUCCACAACUGAUGAGCCCAUCGCUGAAGAAAACAAACUCGAAUUUGUCGGUUAGCCCACAAGAUCAACCAAAAUUGAUCAACGAGGUACGCAAGGCAAUUGAGAAGCACGCGUCGAUUGACAAGUUCAAACAGAAGCUUGGAGAUGAGUAUUCCCGGUGUUUAUCUGAUCAAUCAAUUUCGAGAUAUCUUAGAGCACGGAAUUGGAACGUUAAAAAGGCAGAAAAAAUGCUUGAAGCAUCCUUAAUAUGGAGAAUGAAUUACAAACCCGAAGAGAUUCGUUGGGAACAUGUUGCCGCUGAGGCAGAAACCGGGAAACUUUACCGAUCAAGUUUUCUGGACAAGCAGGGGAGGAGCGUACUCGUUAUGAGACCAAGAUGCCAGAACUCGAAGUCAACGCGAGCGCAAAUUAAAUAUUUGGUAUACUGCAUGGAAAACGCGAUAUUUCACUUGCCACCGGAACAAGAACAAAUGGUUUGGUUGAUCGAUUUUCAUGGGUUUAGUAUGUCGAAUAUAUCUCUCAAGACAACAAAAGAAACCGCACGUAUCUUGCAAGAUCAUUAUCCCGAGAGGCUUGGUCUAGCAAUUCUGUACAAUCCACCGAAAUUCUUUGAACCAUUUUGGAAGGUUGUGAAGCCAUUUCUGGAGCCGAAAACCACAAGCAAAGUGAAGUUCAUAUACGCAGACGAUCCAAACACGAAGAGCUACAUGGAAAGCAUGUUUUACGUAGACAAACUUGAGUCUUCAUUUGGUGGGAAAAAUGUAGCAAAAUUCGACAUUAGAAUAUACACGCAGAGAAUGAAAGAUGAUGAUGGAAAGAGACUUGCUUCCCAUAAUGGAGAAAGCAGCGCCAGCACCAGCAUAGUAACGGGCGGGGCCUCCACGGGCUCAGAAUUUAACCAUGCGAAUACAUACUCGGAUUCUGAUGAUGAGAAAACAAAAGAUGUUAACGAGGAAAACAUGCUGGCGGAGGCUCAAAAGAUUGCCACCAGUGAUGGUGGUGGAACUGGUGCCCGGAUCGAGCAGUAGUAGUGUGGGCUCUUCUUUCUUAGUUUUAAAUUUGAGACUUUCUUAAUUUGGUAAGUUACAUUAUUGAAUCCUUAUUUGUUUCAUAAAUCUCAGUGUAUGGUUUCUUGAUCAAAGGUUUUGAUUCUUGAUUA